AUGACACUAUUAGUAAUAUCUAUUCUCGUGAUUUUAACAGCUUAUUUUGUGAAUAAAUACUUUUUAAACUUCUGGACUCGUCAUGGAUUUCCUCAAUUGAAUCCAAAGUUUUUGGUUGGCGAUGCUGGAAGUUUGCUGAUUGCAAAAAUUGCAAUACCUGAUGAUUAUGUGGAAGAUUUAUAUCAAAAAACAAAGCAUCUCAAAUGUGUGGGUGCUUAUAACUUCUAUAGACCAGUUUUAUAUGUAAAUGAUCCUGAAAUUAUACAAAAUGUGCUGAUUCGAGAUUUUAACAAUUUUCAUGAUCGAGGAAUUCCAAUUGAUGAAGAAAAUGAUCCACUAAGUGGACAUUUGUUCAGUUUGGAAGGUCAAAAAUGGCGAGACUUAAGAAUUAAACUGUCACCGACAUUCACGAGUGGAAAAAUGAAAAAUAUGUUCUCAAUUAUUCAGGACUGCUGUAAAGUACUAGAGGAAUAUGUUGAAAAAAAUGUUAAAAAUAGCAAAAAUUCUUUCGACAUAAAAAAUCUUUUUGGAAGAUAUAACACGAAUGUCAUCUCAUCAGUUGCAUUUGGAAUUGAGAAUGACUGCAUAAAUGAUCCCAACAAUCUAUUCUAUCAUUUUGGAAUGAAAGUAUUUCAACCAUCAUUUAAAACUACACUUUUAAAUUUAGCAUUUAUGAUCGCACCUGGUUUAAUGAAAACUUUCCACAUAAAACUUGCCGAUGAUGAUGUAGAGAAAUUUUUCAUCAACACAAUUCGCGAGACUGUUGAUUAUCGGGAACGUAGCAAUUUUAAGCGGAAUGAUUUUAUGAAUUUAUUGAUUCAACUGAAAAAUCAAGGCUACAUAUCGGCAGAUAAAAACGAAAAUACAAAUGAGUUGAAUGUGAAUCAGCAGAAUUUAAAAAAAAUUAGUUUAAAUGAAAUUUCAGCACAAGCAUUUGUAUUCUUUUUAGCAUCGCUAGAAACGUCGGGAUCAACAAUGACUUUCUGUCUAUUUGAAAUCGCAAAAAAUCCGAGUGUACAACAAAAAGUUCAGGAAGAAAUCGACACGUUGAUACAAAGUGGUGAAGAUAUCAGCUAUGACUCAAUUUCUAAACUAAAAUAUCUCGAGUGUUGCAUUGAUGAGACAUUACGGAAGUACAUGCCUGUUCCAAUAUUGGUUCGAGAAUGCAUUCGUGAUUAUAAAAUUCCCAAUACUGAUUUAGUUAUUCCAAAAGGAACAAAUGUUCAGAUACCUAUGUAUGCAUUGCAUCGUGAUCCGGAAAUUUAUGACAAUCCAUUGGAAUUUAAGCCCGAGAGAUUUUUAAAUUCAUCAAAUGGAGGUGGAAAAUUGAAAAAUGGAAUAUUCUAUGCUCCAUUUGGCGAUGGUCCUAGAAAUUGUAUUGGUAUGAGGAUGGGAAAGAUGAUGACUAAAAUUGGACUAUUUACACUUUUGUCAAAAUAUUCAUUUGAUGUUGUUGAUAAGAAGCUACUUCAUACAGAAAUUGAAUUUAAAAUCAAUCAGUUUUCAGUUGGACCAAAGGAUGCUUUAAAUUUAAGAGCAACUAAGAGAUUUAAUAUUGUGUGA